GCUUCGUACCAUGUCUCUGGAGGGGCUGGGAGUGACCCAGAAUGUGGCGGGCCUGGAAGCCCUCCUGAGGGGAGCAGAGGCCAUCCAUGUGAUGGAACAGCAAAUCGUGAUCAUUUCCACCCCGGAUCAACUCCCCACGCCCGAAGGACAGAACGACACGGAACUGCUGCUCUUCGCCACGCCGCAGCCCGCCAGACUGGAGACAGCCACGCAGAGGCCUGCUCUGGAACGGCCGCCGGUAAAACGGAAGCUGAACUUGGAGACUGACCACCAGUACAUUGCAGAGAGUGUUCAAGCAGCCCGAGGAAAAGCGAAAAACCCUGUCAAAGGGCUCAAGUCUCCUGGAGAGAAAUCCCGCUACGAAACCUCUCUGAAUCUGACCACCAAGCGUUUCCUGGAGCUGCUGAGCCAAUCGUCGGAUGGGGUUGUGGAUCUCAACUGGGCUGCGGAGGUGUUGAAGGUGCAGAAGCGGCGGAUCUACGACAUCACAAAUGUCCUGGAAGGCAUCCAGCUGAUCACCAAGAAGUCCAAGAACCAUAUCCAAUGGCUGGGUAGCCGGUCUGCCGUGGGGUGCGCCAGCAAGAGCCAGGGGUUGGUGAAGGAGCUCCACGAUCUUCAGGCAGCAGAACAGCAACUGGACAACCUCAUCCAGAUGUGUACGACUCAGUUCAAGCUUCUCACCGAGGAUCCUGAGAACAAACACUCAGCUUAUGUGACUUGCCAAGACCUGCGCAGCAUUGCAGACCCCUCCGAGCAGCUGGUGAUGGUGAUCAAAGCCCCCCAGGAGACACAGAUGCAAGUCUCUGACCCGGCAGAGGCUUUCCAAAUUGCUGUGAAAAGCACUCAGGGCCCCAUUGAUGUGUUCCUGUGUCCUGAAGAGAGCUCUGCAGUCUGCAGCCCCACCAAGAGUCCAUUGAAAGUGGCUGCUGAGGAACCUUCUCCGGAGUCUUCACAAGUGUCGUCUGUGCUUCUCCACCCAUCCCAAGAUAUGAACUUGCCAUUGCUGGAUGGAGACCAAGAGCCCUUAUUGUCCGGAGAGAGUACACUGCCUCUGAAGUGUCCUGGGGAUGACGUGAGCCUCUCGCCGCUGGCCUCCGUGGAUGCCCUGUUUCAGCAAGGCAAGGAUGACUUCUCCAGCUUCCUGCCUGCCGAAUUCAUCGCACUUUCGCCACCCCAGACCCAGGACUACCACUUUGGACUUGAGGAGGGUGAAGGCAUCAGUGAGCUCUUUGACUGUGACUUUGGAGACUUUACUUCCUUGGAUUUCUGAGCAUCCUCCGGUGGUGGUAGCAGGGUAGAUGGGUGGAGAAUGUUCCUCAGCUGAUCCUGACCCACCACGAGGCAUCCUCUCAGAGCUGACAUCUGAAUGUAAUCAGAAGGCCGGCUGUGGCCUCCUGGGCCAGCGUGCUGUGGAAUGGAUUCCAGGGAGGAAGAGGCUGGGCUGGGAACAGCAUCGGUGGGAUUUGGUUCUUGGAGACAGUGGCUUAUCGUUGGCCACCUCCCCGUGAUGUUGCAAGGUGGCUGUGAAGCUAAUUGUGGCUGUGAAUGUUGCAAGCCUCUUUCUGUGACCUUGUAGGGGGUCGUCAGGUGCCACCUUGAGCCUGCUAGGCCCAAGCCCCUAGUAGUAGUUGGUGGGGUAGAGGUGCCAUGUUUUGAUUCCGAAAGGGUAGACCUAGUGAAAUUGUUCCUCUUGCUCAACCACUCCUUUCCCUGAAUUCUCGCUUUAAAUCAUUUAGCGGUGGGCAGGCCCCCCCGUCUUGUCAGCUGCUUCUCCCCACUUGCGGCAAGCAAUUUCCCCUUGUUGCUUUGGAAAACAUGGCUGGCAGAAGCUCUCCUUCUGAGAAGCGCAUGGCCCUUCCAUCCCACUCCCAGCCAAGUUUCAUUUAGGAUUUGAGGCAGCAGCAGUGUUCUGGGGGUUACCGUGAGGAGGAUACCAUCCUCUCAGCCAGCUGCAGGAGAGUCAGGAACGGUACUUCAAAUAGCAGCCUGCAAGAACCUGACUCAUCUCACAGCCCAGAUCUUUCUGGUUGGCUGGAACUGAGGCAGUUCAGGGAUGGGGGAAGUUCUCUUUGCUGGCAGGAUGCAAACCUGAGAUUUGUGAUCCAGUCAUGAAAUAGUGGGCCAUGUUGAGGAAGGGAAGCUAAGCAUAUGGGAUUGGGUGUGCAGGUGCUAAGGGAGUCUUUCAUGAAAACAAGCCACUUGAGCUAGUGAAGCAAAAUGGGAAAUCGAAUGUGCUAGAAAGUUGUUGUUUUUUCAUGUUUUUUUUUUUAAAAAAACACCUGGUUGAAAAGGCAAGGUGAGCUUUUGAAUACCAGCCACGCAAAAAUGGUGGAGUGGGUUAUUUCUGGAUAUUAGCACAGAGCAUGAGAAUCUUGUUCUUGGAGGUUCUCAUGAUAAAGCUUUAAGGAGAGUUCAGUAUAGAUUAUUUAUUUAUUUUGAGUUCCCCCACCGCGAUACGUACUUUCUUGGAGGACUUCUGAUCCUUCCAAGCCCCUGGUGGAAUAUGUACAUAUCUGGCAGUGGGGCGGGUUUUUAAUUAUUAUUAUUAUUAUUAUUGUUAUUAUUAUUAUUAGAAGUAGGUGGCCAAGUGCGUUCAGUUGUCCUUGUCUUUGAGCAAAAGGCCAAUGAGGCAGAUGGGACAAUGCUUAAGGCAGAACAUUUUGCUUCAGCAGGAGAGGAGCAGUGUGGCUUGAUAGACUCCAUAAACAUGAGGAAGGCUAGACCAAAUAGUACUGUGAGAAAACAAGUAAUGAAUAUGCCUUCUGUUCGGAGACUUCCCUGUGACGUCAAGCCAAAAAUAGUGGCUUCCGUCUCUGUGCCACACCCACCCCUGUGCUAAAGCAUUGUCCGGAUGUCACAAAUUCAUAUUAUUUAUUUAUUAUUUAUGUGGCUCCAUCCAAUGUUCCUGGAAGGUUGGAAAAGUAUCUGAGGAGGAGACUGCAUGAAGUGGGACUCCUGCAUGUCCAGGGAUGUGGGAAAUGGCCAUAUUGUGUUAGGAUAGCUAACCUCGCAACUGGGAAUGGAAGAACAGAAGUUUGGAAGUGAGUAGCCAGUGUAUUUGUAGUUGAGCUGUUAGAUCUAGUAGGAAGAGAUCGCUGAGUGUCCCCAUCCGAGUGGUGGAGCGGGGCUGACUGUUCGAGAUUGUGGUAUUGAAAUGCUAUUUAUUGGUAGGAAAUGAACUGCAGGUUCAUCUCAUAGAGAAAUAUUUGGGGAGGUUGAGGGGUGGGGGAGAGAGAGCUAGUCUAGUGUCUGAGUUUGAGGAAGGAGCAGCUCUAUUCUGGGCCUAUCCAUUUUGUGAAGUAGCUUUAGUUGUGAGAAAGCAAAAAAAGAAAUGGGGCUUUAGCAAAACCUGAAAGGUAUGAACGUUGCUGGCUUGACUAAGAGGUAUACCUGGCACAGGACAAGGCAGAGUUCAGGGCUGUCCCUUGGGUGCCUUCCUAUUUCAAUAAAUUCCACUUAUUUCAAAUACUGGAACUCACCAAAGGAUGUUCCUGCUUUGUAGGGGGCUUCUCUGGCUUUACAAAAAGGCUGCUGUGACGGGGGGCGGGGGGUGGGAGGAAACAAGCUUUAUGGUAUUGGUAGGCUGAUGAAUCAGCGUUAUCCAUUUUGGGCUAGUUUUAUGAAGAAAUGAAGCUACGUGGGUCUCUCUGAAUGGGCCCCUGUUAUGAAUUGUGACACUGGUCUUGGGUUACCCUAAAGUGCUCUGGAGCAUCCAAUGUUUUCUCUUGUCUAGAAGGAUGAGGUCUCUCCAUAACUGAAUUUUCUCUGGCUGUCAAAUGCAGCAUUAUUCCUCAGAUCAAAUGUAAUCAGGCAGCAAGUAGUUAUAUGAAAGUGGAGGGAUGUCAUGUGUCUGUCACAUAGAUUCCACCACCACCACCCUCCACCACAGUAGGAUUGUGAGAUCUCUGCAGUAAAGCUGUAGCAACCAAUGCUUAAGAAUAACCCUGCUGUAGCUAGGCUCUGUAGUCAUUGCACAAUGAGGAACUGCUAACUGUCCCAGUUCUCAAUUAUAGCAUAUUGCAGGUUGAACAUCUCUAGCAAGACUUGUUUUGAAGCAGCUGUUAAGGGCUACAUUCUCCCCAACUCCACUACUUUAGCAUUGGUGGCAUGAUGGAUCCUUUUACCUUUUUACCCUGGGUUGGCCUUGCUUCCUCUUUCAAAGAAUGAACAGUGUAGGAUCUUGAUCACAUUCGCUUGAGGUACUUUCCUCUGGCUCAAGAGUGGGCAAUUUGGUUGGUCCAGGGAACAAUUUCCAGCCCUUGGACCCCCCCUGGGGGGGGCAACACUCUUGCGACUGCACUGCCUGUGGCAGCAAAAGCUUUUUUGCUUCUGAAAUCUGGUGGCAAACUACUACAGAGACUCAAAAGGGUCACAUUUCACUUACAAACCAACUAAAUUUGGCAGUUUUAGGUAUGUAGCAGCUCACUGCCAAAUUUCAGUGGCAUGCCGCCAACUUUUUUUGCUGCAGGACUGCCAAA